GUUUCUUUGUUGUUGUUUCGCGUUUGCCCUCGACUGAUAUUCGUGGUUUUCGUUCGCUCGGCGGCGGUAGCGCGUUUUUUUCGCCUUCCCCGUUUCUCAGUUCUGUGAUAAGCCGUGUACUUAACAAAUCAGCGAUUGUUGACAAUCGCUAAUGGCCAGUGUUUUAGCCUGAGAUGCCAAAAUAAGCUUGAAUUGCAAUAGUAGAGUGCAUUGGUGCAGUGUCUUAAAUUGUGCAGUGGCCGAGACUGAGGCAGAGGCAGUGCAGUUUGCAGCGCAGCAGCGCAUGUACGUAUAUUUGCGCUUCAGUGCGGAGUGAUCUGGAGUAGAUCGGAUAGGGGUGUGGAACCAGUAGCUUCUAGCCAUGAAGUUCGCCGAGCACCUGUCGGCGCACAUAACGCCCGAAUGGCGUAAACAAUACAUCAACUAUGAGGAAAUGAAAGCCAUGCUGUAUCUGGCCGUGGAGGAGGCGCCUUCGGUGGAGAGUGUGGAGGAUGAUGUCCUGAAGCGGCACUUUGCCAACUUUGACGAGAACUUCUUCCACUACUGCGACAAGGAGCUGAAGAAGAUCAACACCUUCUACUCGGAGAAGCUGGCGGAGGCGACCCGAAAGUUCGCCACUCUGAAUGCCGAGCUGAAGACGUCGCUGGAGGAGUCGGAACGCAGCGCCAAGAAGUCCAAGGGCCAGAAGAAGAAUGCCGCUCUGCCAGAGCGUAAGGCCCGGGAGCUCAAGCUGGCCUUCAGCGAGUUCUAUCUGAGUCUGAUCCUGCUGCAGAACUACCAGAAUCUGAAUCAUACCGGCUUCCGGAAAAUACUCAAGAAGCACGAUAAGCUGCUGCGCGUCGAUAGCGGAGCCAAGUGGCGGCAGGAGUAUGUCGAGGCCUCGCACUUCUUCACCAACAAGGACAUCGACAACAUCAUCAACGAGACGGAGACGACGGUGACCGGUGAACUGGAGGGCGGUGACCGGCAGCGGGCCAUGAAACGGUUGAGAGUUCCUCCGCUGGGUGAGCAACAGAGUCCGUGGACCACCUUCAAGGUGGGCCUCUUCUCCGGCAGCUUUAUUGUCCUGGGCAUUGUGGUGGUGCUAUCGGCGAUCUUUCACGAGAUCAGUGGCGAGAACCUGAAGGUCACCUUCCGACUCUACAGAGGUCCACUGCUCAUAAUCGAGUUCAUCUUCCUCAUCGGCGUGAAUAUCUACGGCUGGCGGUCGUCGGGCGUGAAUCAUGUCCUGAUCUUCGAGCUGGAUCCGAGGAAUCACCUGUCCGAGCAGCAUCUCAUGGAGUUGGCGGCGAUCUUUGGUGUCGUGUGGACCCUCAGUAUGCUGAGCUACUUGUACAGCGCCAGUCUGGCCAUACCGGCCUUCAUCAAUCCACUGACCCUCACCCUGAUCAUGGUCCUCUUUCUGGCCAAUCCCUUUCAUGUCCUCCACCACGACGCGAGGUUCUGGCUAUGGAGGAUCACAGGUCGCUGCCUGGCGGCGCCGUUCUUCCAUGUGGGCUUUGCCGAUUUCUGGCUGGGCGAUCAGCUGAACUCCCUGGUGACGGCCAUCCUGGACUUUGAAUACCUCAUCUGUUUCUACUUUACGAACGGCAACUGGACGGAGGCGCGCGACGCCUCCAUCUGCAUGGAGAAGGACUUUAUCAUCAGGCCGAUAGUGAACUGUUUGCCGGCCUGGUUCCGGUUUGCCCAGUGCCUGCGACGAUAUCGCGACUCCCGAGAGGCCUUUCCCCAUCUGGUGAAUGCCGGGAAGUACUCCACCACCUUCAUGGUGGUCAUCUUUGCCACCCUGAAGAGCUUCUACAGCUCUCACUAUGCUAGCACCUUUGAUAAUCCCUACACCUGGCUGUGGAUCAUUGCCUCCAUUGUGUCCUCCUGCUAUGCCUACACGUGGGACAUCAAGAUGGAUUGGGGACUCUUCGACAAGAAUGCGGGGGAGAAUACGUUCCUCCGCGAGGAGGUGGUCUACUCCUCAACGGGCUUCUAUUACUUUGCCAUUGUGGAGGAUCUGGCGCUGCGUUUCAUCUGGGCACUGUCCUUCUACCUCACAGAAAUGAAGAUAGUCAGCAGUGACAUAAUGACCUCAAUAACGGGUAUCCUAGAGGUGUUCCGUCGCUUCGUUUGGAACUUUUUCCGGCUGGAGAACGAGCAUCUGAACAAUUGCGGCAAGUUCCGAGCUGUGAGAGAUAUCUCUAUCGCUCCCCUGGACUCAUCCGAUCAGGCCCUGAUCCUACGGAUGAUGGACGAGGGCGAUGGCGUCAUCAAUCGCUAUACCAAGACGAACCGGCCGAAGCCCAAGAAGAUCAAGGAUCCGGAGAAGCGUAGCCUGUUGCAGCCGCGCGGCUCCAUGCCCGAUCUUCGGAUCGAUAUCGAUAGUAAAAAGUUGUAGAGUUGGAUCGUCCAGGAUCGUUGCCACAGUG